CCGUAGUGAAGGACACGGAGCAUUGCGGAAACCGAAUCGUCGUUUACUUUCAUCUUCGUUUCAGUUUUACAAUAAUUUUAGAUUUUUUAUUCAGAUUCAAAUAACCAGAGACUGUUUGUGCUUUAUGCAGCCGUGUUUAUGUCGCACAUGUGAUAUUAAUCGUUGUAGAUCUUUAAUAAUCCAGGUUUAAUAGUGUGUGUGUGUAGUGUAGGUAUUAGAGAUGCUAACACACACACUGCGGGAGGUCCUGCUGCUGUUGCUGCUUCUGUUGGGUUCAUUACUGUUGGUAAACGGAUGGUUUCACACCAACAACAACAACUUUAAGGGUAAAACACAACAACAACAACAACAACACAGGCGGGUCAGUUCAGGAGCUCCGGACAGUCCAGACCAGAACUGCUUCUGUCAUUUAACAGGUGUCCUGGACGACUGCUUUUGUGACGUUGAGAGCAUCGAUGUGUUCAACAACUUCAAGAUUUUUCCCCUUGUACAGAAAAUCAUUGAGAGAGACUUCUUUAGGUACUACAGGGUGAACCUAAUGCGCCCGUGCCCGUUCUGGCCUGAUGACGGCCACUGUUCCAUCAAGGACUGCCAUGUGGAGCCCUGCCCAGAGAGCAAGAUCCCAGUGGGAAUUAAAUCAGGAAACCAUAAUAAGUAUUCCCUCGCAGCUAACUCUGUCACAGACAUGGAGUGUGAACAGGCUAAUGAGCUCGGUGCCAUUAACAGCACACUGAGUAAUCAGAGUAAAGAGGCGUUCGAGGACUGGGCUCAUCACGACGAUGCUCAGGAUCAUUUCUGUGGUCUGGAUGACGAGACGUCUCCUGAGGCCGAGUACGUGGAUCUGCGUCUUAAUCCUGAACGCUACACCGGAUAUAAAGGUUCUUCUGCAUGGAGGGUAUGGAACAGUAUCUACGAGGAAAACUGCUUCAAGCCGAGGUCAGUGUAUCGACCACUCAACCCGUUGGCCCCAAGUCGAGGUGACGAUGAUGGUGAAGGCUUUUACAACUGGCUGGAAGGUCUGUGUCUGGAGAAGAGAGUCUUUUACAGGCUCAUUUCUGGCCUUCACAGCAGCAUUAACAUCCACCUGUGUGCUGAAUAUCUACUGGAUGAGGUCUGGGGAAAGCCGAUUUGGGGGCCCAACGUGCAGGAGUUCCGUCUGCGCUUCGACUCAGCCGAGACUAAAGGCGAGGGAACACGGAGGCUGAAGAAUCUCUACUUCCUGUACCUGAUCGAGCUCAGAGCGCUGUCCAAAGUGGCCCCCUAUUUCGAGCGUGCAUUCGUCAACCUGUACACGGGGAACAUCCAGGAGGACUCGGAGACCAAAGAGCUUCUGCUGCAGAUUUUCAACGAGACCAAAGCUUUUCCGAUGCACUUUGACGAGAGCUCGAUGUUUGCUGGCAACAAAAUUGAAGCCAAAAGGUUAAAGGAGGAAUUUCGGCUGCAUUUUAAGAACAUCUCGCGCAUCAUGGACUGUGUGGGGUGCAGUAAGUGCCGACUGUGGGGGAAGUUACAGACACAGGGUCUGGGUACCGCCCUCCGGAUCCUCUUCUCUGAAAAAGAGAUCAAGAAUCUUCCAGAAAACAGUCCUUCUAAAGGCUUCCAGCUUACACGCCAGGAGAUUGUAGCUCUGCUCAAUGCCUUUGGAAGACUCUCCACCAGUAUAAAAGAGCUUCAUAACUUCCGCACGCUUCUGAAGGACCAGAGGUAACACACACCCAGGCCACCAGGUGGUGCCAGCACAGAGGACACAGCAAUAGUCCUAUCUUCAGAGUAAGACCUGCAUCAGGGACCUCAGAACUGAAUUAUCCCCCCACCACCACCAACUGAGCUCUCUAAUUCUGCUCUGCUUCCCUGCUGACUGCAACAACCACCCGGCAGCUCAUAGCUCAGCUAGUUUCAGCUUCUUACCACAUAGGAAUACGAGACAGGAUGCCGAGCAGACUCAACUUCACACUGAUCUGGUCUUUUCAAAAGAUUUUGGUUUAAGAAUUAUUUGCUAAUGUGUUUUGCUGGGUUUAUGGUUUCAUUUGUAUUACUGGUGUGUGUGUGUGUGUGUGUGUGUGUGUGUGUGUGUGUGUGUGUGUGUGUGUGUGUGUGUGUGUGUGUGAGUGUGUGUGUGUGUGUAUGAGCUGCCUGUUGUGUAUUUGUGUCUGGGAAAGUGUGUGAAUGUUCGUUCAGUGACCAAUGCUGCUCAAUCAAGGGAUGUAAUCCAGCAACCUCUAAGUUUUACAAUGAUAAAGAUAUUAAAGGUGCAGUAUGUACUUUGUAAGAAAUUGAAAAACUUCCAGUCAAGUGUUAUUGUAUAAAAUAUAUGUUUUGCACGUAGCUGCAAGUCAACACAUGGUCAGCAAAUGAUCAAUGUGUGACAUUAAUCAAGGCGCAAACAAUCUGUACAUUGUUAUUGUUGUACAUGUUAUUUACAUCCAUUAUAAUUUAUAAAUCAUUGCUGAAAGCCAAAGAAACUCCAGCUUAUGACUUUAUGGUCCAUCAGUUUCACAUUUACUCAAAACUCAUCUCCCAGGAUCCACCGUGCCAUCAUAAACAACUAACUAGCUCAUUCUUAUUCUUAACCAUUUUUAACAGGCACAUAAAAAAUAAAUUAACUUACACACAAACAUGUACAUACUGCAUCUUUAAUAUUUCAUUAUAUCAGACAGCUAAAGGAGCAGCAUGAAUCAUUCACACGUUGCUUAAUAGGACUAUAGAAUUAAAACCUGCUGAGAAAAUGAACAUUGUGAUGUUACAGCAACAGAACAAGCAACACGUUUACUGGCCAUGACUAGAAAAUGACCUUUACACCUUCAUGUGUUUAGUAUUUGAAAUGUGUACUGUUUUUUUUCCUUAUUAUAGGCAUAAAACCAUUUAAAAUGUAAACAAUUUAAAAGUACUGUUUUGGAGGGUGGUGUGAGGUUUCAUUAUAUUUUAUUUAUCUUUUAUUUACAUUUUCUAUCCUAUAGACAUAAAGGAAACGGUUGAAGUUAGUUUCAGGGUUUAUCAUCACACAUAAGCAGGUGAUAAACACAGUGCAGUGGUAAAACACACUAGCACACCAGAGCUGACAUUUGAAACUCGCCGGUUCGAAACUUGGUUCUGCCAUCCGGCUGGGCUGGGCGUCUACAUGAACAACGAUUAGCUGUUGUUUAUACAGGGAGGGAGCCGGAUAGGGACCUCAUAACUGAUGCAAUUACGACCUCUGCUGGCUGAUUGAUGGCGUCUGCACAGAGUCGAGGAAUAAUGCGUUGAUCAGGGUGUGUGUCUCCGUACACAAAGCUGAUCAUUAAUGAGCUCAUGUCAUGCAGGUGAAAAGAUGCAGUCGGCUACUGCAUUCGUGACGGAGGGGGUGUGUGUCAGUCCCGCUCUCCUUAAUUAGGGCGGGGAUCGGCAUCAGUAGAGAGGAAGCAUAAUGCAGUAGGGUAAUUGGAUACGCUAAAGGUCAGGAGAAAAUGCAUAAACAAAAGUGUAUAUAUAUAUAUAUAUAUAUAUAUAUAUAUAUAUAUAUAAGGAAGUAUUUUGGUAGGUACCUUUACCUUCAAUUCAGCGCUGCUAAAUCAUUCCUAUGUACUCCUUUACAAGUCAUAACCAAUCUGAUAUUUCCUAGGUGGGUGCAGGUGAGAUAUAACUGGUGAUGUCUGGCGCCUUGGCAUCAUCACAGACAGAUUUAUAACAGUUUCUGGUAAUGUAUCACUGUUGGCCUUCUGUGCUUUGCAAAAAAAACAUCCAACAUUGUGCACUAUAAGAUUAUAGUAUUACUCACAAUCAUAAUGAAUUUAGGCUGGAUUAUUAGCGUAGAACAUUCAUUAUUUAUUUGUUCAUCUUUAUUAAUUUUCCUAAAGGGUGUCAGUAGUUUCAUUUACUAGGUUUAUGUUACACUGGUCCUUACGAGCAGGAUCUCAACGGGAGACAACAAUGUACCAACUGUAAUGGUGAAGAUUGCAAUCAGUAUGAGCUGUGUGUGUGUGUGUGUGUGUGUGUGUGUGUGUGUGUGUGUGUGUGUGUGUGUGUUUAUUGUGAUGAGUAUUGCAUGCCUUGAAAUGUCCUGCAUUUUCUACUCAUCUGCCUUAACUGUCUUUCCACAUCCGGUUUGUAAAGGAGCUUAGAGAUGAGCUGUACAACUCCUUUCACUAGCUAUUGCUACAGCCUACAUGCUACAUUUUUCCUGUCUUCUAUAAAAAUAUAUUAUAUUAUAAAAUAAAAUAAGCAUAAACAUGAAGAAACCCGUAAAGCGCAGAGCAGUGAUGGUGUUGCUAUGGUAAUGCAUCACUUCACAGUGAUUACCAUUGUGUACAAUAUGUAGUCUGGAAUUAAUUGUCAUUGCCUUGCAGUGAUGAUCAUGAUGGAGUGGUUACCAUGCCAGCUAAAGCAUCAAUUGCAGUGAUUACCAUAGCAACUAAAAAUUGACUACCAAGAUAAUGAGUGUAACUGGUGCACAGCUUACUGUUGUGAGUACUGUAAGAUCUUAUGUAGAUUCUAUGUAAUAACUGCAUCAUAAUUACCAUGGUAAUCAAUGCAUCACCGUGCAGUUUUACUAUGGUAACUGGUAUUACCUAAUUGCGAUUACCAUGGUAACUCAAACAUUGGGCCAAAAUUGUACUCUUUGCAUCCGUCAGUGAAUUAAGAAGCAGCAAAGCUUUAAUAUCGGCCUCGUCUGAUUAUAUUAAUACCUGCAUUCCAACCUGAUUGUAUAAAAAUAAGUUUUUAUUUGCACCUUCAGCCAAUCACAAAGGAGUAUUUUCAAAGGUCAUGGGGAUAUAUUUUAUACUCUGGUGUGUGUUAGUGAUCUAAUUUGGGGGUUUUUUUCUCACCCCUGAUGCUUUUUCUCACCUGAACGGAUGGUUCUUCACCAGGCUUUUGGUCCUGCAAAAAUCAUCCUCACAGGAGCAAAAGGUGAAAUUUUAGGAACAGUGAAGUAGGAAAACCUGUAAUUAGUGCAGCUCUGAGGAACGUUUCUGAAAGCUAAUGCCACGAAAUAAUCUGAGUCACUAAUAUGCAAAUUUUACUUCUAGACCUUUAACUGAUUGUAAAGAUAGAAGAAUUUUUUUAUUUGGUCAGAUCUGUAUUUGCUGUCGUUGUACAGUGUAACCGCUCCUUUGUUGUGUUCACUUGUUAAAUCUAUUUAUUUGAACAGAUGAAUAAAUCUGUUAGUCAAUAAAAACCUGGUGUCACUUCCAUGCGACUGAUUUUUGUGUUUAAGGUUCUUGUGACUCCUGAAAAGCACAGACAUUUCUUGACUAGGCACAAACAAUAAUACAGGAACGUACAGUGCUGUAAAAAGUAUCUGUCCCCGUCUAUUUGCCUCUGUUAUUACAUAUUUGUGACACUGAAUGGUUUUGGAUCAUUGAAUGUUUUAAGCCGAGCCAGACACACUGCAUGGAUUUUAUUUAUGAACUGAUUGUUUUAGGUGUCAUUGCAGGUCUCAUUCGGGGUCAAUAAAGUAUCUGUCUGUCUA